AUCAUGCAUUUCUGCCCCAGCCCUGAUUGUCGAAAGUGGUUCCACCAGUCUUGCCUGUCGAAAGCGCACCUGAAGAAGGACUUUCCACCGGAGCUCGCUGGACUCAGUUACCUAGCCAGCAACCCCGACAGCCUCGCCGUCUGCUCCCCAAUGUUCAACGAGUUCACCCCCAGGACGUACUCGCCCCACUCCCCCGCUUCCGCCGAACUCGCCUCCGCCGUCUCCAGUGCCCCGCCCCCACCCGCCGUCCCGUGCGCGAAGGACGGCUACCGCCGGCCUCUCGAACGCCUCCUCCACUACUUCGGCCACCGGCCCGACUACCUCGGCCACCUCCCCACCGCCCUCCUCGCGGUCGCGCAGCGCCCGAUCGUGCGCGCGCAGGGCGCAGACGGCGGGUGGGCGAUCGGCAACGUCGCCGACGUCGUCCUCGCCCGCCGGCUCGUGUACGCCGCGCUCGAGCACCGCGGCAGCUUCGACGACGCCGUGGCGGUGCAUAUGCUCGCGGAGCGGCACCGCAAGCGCGUCGCGCGCGUGCGUGCGAUCGGCGCGGCGAGGCGCGCGGACGCGGUGACGGCGGCGCUGAACGAGCUCGCCGAGGACGUCCAGCAGAUGCCCGGGGUCGAGGCGUUCGCGGUCCCGCGGAAGGAGUACUGGGAGCGGCGGGCGGAGGAGUGCCGCGGGCUCGGCGCGCUGUUCGACGGGGUGGUGUACGAGUGCCCGCAGUGUGGGAACGCGAUCUAG